AUGGGCCUCUUCGACUGGUUCAAGUCUUCCAAGCAGGAAGAUUCUUCCCAGCAGCCCACUUGGGAUCCGAACACCAUGACUAUGAACCAGCCCUCCAGCCCUUCGGCUCCUACAACUGAGCGUGUCGUAACUCAGCAGCCGAAUUCGCAAGAAAACGUGCAGACGAACCUGCGCGGUGGUGCCGGUGCCGGGGAUAUUUGCUGCGGAGUCUGCACUGGACUUCUGUGCUUCGAAUGCUGUGAAGACUGCUGCUAG